CAACCAGGCGGCGCCAUUACAGGCAUCCACUACAAACACCCAGAAAGACAACUAGACCCUACAAACACCGUCGAGCUCAAGGGCGGGAAACUAUGCCAUAUUACAAUGGCCCCCACACUCAAGAGAACAAGACUGCUAAGCCAACCUCCCACACAAGCUACUCACCAGCUCAGCGGGGCUCACCUUCACCUCUCCAA